CUGCAAAACUAUAUAAUUACAUAACAGUGUGACACACACGCACACACGUACAUAGUGGAAUAAAAUCAUUAUGAUUUUAUUUAUUUACUCCACAACAUUUAUACUUAAAACGAGAAAGCAAAGAAAAAAUCCGAAACCAUAUUUUUAAAACAUACGAAGGUUAAAAAUAUUUCUGAAUCGGCCGGUGUUUGCAUGCGGUUUCCUCCACGCCCCAGAUCCUCGGCGACGAACCGAAUGUUGUUUUCCUGACUCCAGUCCACGAUUCGAGACUUUUAAAUCGGAAUUAGCCACCCGAUCUGCAGAGAGUUCUUCUCCUUCUGCUUUCCCUUUAACGGGGUGGGCGGAGCAGAACGCGCGUUUCGCAGCCGCGCGCCCUCACGUGCCGCCUUGACCCGGAAGCGCCCCGUGCCCACGUGCGGGAAGACACGGGGCGGAGGGAGCAUGUCGGCGCAGCAGGAGCUGAAGAUCAACGCGGCGUUCGCGGCGCGCUACGGGCGCUACCGGCGGCGAGAGGAGCUGCAGCGGCGUGAGUGGCGGGCGGGGAGGGAGGGAAGCGGACCGAGCCAGAGCAGCUAGUGUUGCCUGCACUGGCUGGCAGCGGCUCCGCGGGAUUUCAAGGCAGGGGAGUCUCUCCCAGCGCAGCCUGGGCUCGAACCAGUGCCGGAUUUACGUAUAAGCUAAACAAGCUAUCGCUUAGGGCGCCACUCUCUUGGGGGACCCCCAAAAAAAUUAAAGGGGGGGAACUGGAUGUACAUUUUCAAAAUAUAAGAUAAAAAACAAAUAAAAUAAAACCUACAUACAGCAACAGUGUUUUGUGUUGUGUAGGCUCCUAUUUGUUAUGUGCAAAUGGCUUUAGAUACCUAUUAGGUCCAUAAAUUACCAUAUAGCAUAUAUUCAACACAACAUCUUUCCACAGGGCCUGCAAGACAGAGCUGUUCCGCCUGGCCUUUGGUUUGGACUAAGUCUGAACCUUAUGUUUCCCUCCCGUUAUGAUUUUGAUCUAUGGGCUACUAUUAAAAUGAGGCUGCAUUUUAAGUUGUAUUUUUAACCUGUAUUUUAAAUUGGUUUCCUCCCUCCCUUUUAUGUUUUUAUUGUAAUUUUACUGGUGUUAGCUACCCUGAGCCCGGCUCUGGCCGGGGAGGGCGGGGUAUAAAUAAAAUAUUAUUAUUAUUAAAAAACAGUGACAAUUUGUUGUUGACAAAAGACAGCUGGACAUAUAAAGGGCCCCAUUACCUUCAGUAGAUUAGGACCUCAUCAAACCUAAAUCCGGCCCUGCUUCUGCCUGGGCUUGAACCCAGAACCUUCAGGGGCUGGAGGGAGGGUCGCCCUUUGCUUUUCCUCUAACAUCCUGCCCGGCUCCUUCCCUCCUUCUCUCCCUUCCACCCCUGCAGUGCAGGACCGCUACGGGGAUGCAGGCGAAGGCAACGGGUCGAGUUCUGAGUCUGAGACCAGUUCUGAAGAUGAGGUGAGUCCUGCUUCUGUUUUCAGCCGCGGAGAAGUUUCUGUUUUCUGUUUUCAGAAGUUCUGUUUUCUCUGCUGGGAAAACUUUUGGAUUUUUUGUUUUUUUAAAAAUUGGUUUUUCAUAUUAAAAAUUUAAAGAGAUAUUUUUCAAACAUAAAUCAUAAAAACAAGAUUCCAAGGCAAGGAAUCUCCUGGACUUACAUCCUCCCCUUUGUGGGUCCUAUUAUUAAUCUAGAGGUCUGGAGGGUGGCAACAUGAGAACGGGCCUUCUCUGCAGUGGCUCCCCGUUUGUGGAAUGCUCGCCCCAGAGAAGUUCAUCUGGUGCCUUCAUAUCUUUAGGUGCCAGGCAAAUACGUUCCUUUUUAACCAGGCCUUUGGCUGACCAGAUUGACAUCCAACACCCUUUUAGAAUGUGGCUUUUGGGGGGGGGGUUAUUGGCUUAUUGCUUUUGGUUUGAUUUUAUAUGUUUUGGUCUUGUUGUGAACUGCCCUGAGACCUCCGGGUAUAGGGCGGUGUAUAAGUUGAAUAAAUAAUAAUAAUUCCAUCCUGCACCUUAUUAUGAUAACCCAAAUCUUUUACAUCUCCAUUGUGUCCAGAAUUCACCCUACAAGUGAUAUUCCAAUCCCACUAACAAUUUUAACUGUUUACAAUGUUUAUAAAUUUUCCCCGUUCCUUAUUAAAAUUUUGUUCUUCCUGAUUUCUGGCUCUUUCAGUCAUUUUAGUCAUUUCAGCAUAGUGAUAGACUAAGCUGUAACUUGGGGUCUUCUGGUUUAUUAAUCAACUGUUUCUCAAUAACCAUUAUAUUUUUUAAUAUCUCCUCUUUGUUUCUUUCUUUUUUCCUCUUUAAUAUGCUAUUCUGCUGCAGAAAAAAACACCCCUCAUCACUGCCUUGCUGCCGUCCCAAACAAUGCCAAUAUCAGUACCUUUAUUUGUAUUCAAAUCAAAAUAUUCUGGAAGAUAUUUUUGAGCCCUUUCAAAAGUCUCUACAUUAUCUAAUAAAUUUUCAUUUAAUCUCCACCUAAAGGAUGAUUUAUCCUUACCUUUAAAGGCAAUUAGUACCAAAUUAUGGUCAGAUAGGGUUUUUGGCAAAAUCUCAGCUUUUGUAAUUCUUGGACUAAGUUGAUGGAAAUAAUUUGGGUUUUGUUCUUAUUGGAGAAGGCCAGGAAGGCAGGUCCUCCUGAAUAUCUUUUUCAGAAUACAUCCAAUCUUAAUUGUGCUCUCUCCUGCGGCAGGAGCUGGACCCCAGAUUGGAUCGUGCUUUUUACAGCACGCUGGCGUUGCUGAAAACCAAAGACCCCCGGAUUUAUCAGAAGGAUGUCACGUUCUACCGUGAGGAAGGUAAUCGCUGAUCCAGGUUAUGAUUUCUUGCCUUGGGGGCAGCUGUGGAACAUUCUGGCUUGGCCCAGGGAGACUUUUUGGAGGAUUUUCUGAACUAGUUUGGGUCCCGAGAGCAGCUUGUUUUCUGGAAUUGUCUGUUGGAUCAUCUAUGAUUGCUUCUGUCAGCAGAUUCUUCUUCGGAUAGCGAAGGUGAGAAGCCGCCCCCCAGGAAGAAAGAAAAGCCCAUGUUUCUGAAGGACUAUGAGAGGAAGGUCAUUCUGGACAAGGCAGGGUAAGGCAUGAAAAUCAGGGUGCCUGCCGUGUUAAACGUGUUAACCUGGGGAUCUUGAGUCUCGAACUCUUAUUACAGUGGUACCUUGAUUCUCAAAUGCCUUGGUAUUCAAACAACUUGGAACCCAAACACUGCAAACCCAGAAGUAACGUGCUCUGGUUUGCAAACUUUUUUCAGAAGCUGAACGUGCUCCGUUUUGAGUGCCACGCUUCCGUUUUGAGUGUUGCGCUGAGGUCUGUCUGUUUUUGCUGUUUAUUUUGCGUUUUCGUUUUUGCGGCUCUUUUUGUUUUUGUGACUGUGGAACCCAGUUCAGCUACUGAUUGAUUGAUUGAUUGAUUGAUUGUGUGACUGCAGUACAUUGUUUAUUGCUUUCAUUUUAUGGCUCAAGGGUCUCGUUAGAUAGUAAAAAUCAUGUUAAAUUGCUAGUUUAGGGGUUGUUUUUAAAAGUCUGGGACAGAUUAACCCACUUUGCAUUACUUUCUAUGGCAAAGCGCGCCUUGGUUUUGGAACGCAAUUCCAGAAUGGAUUAAGUUUGAGAACCAAGGUACCACUGUAUUUGGUCACGUUACUUGGGGUGGGGAACAAAUGUUAGGAUGAAGCUGUCUAUGUUGUUGUCCUUUAAUGAUGGCAAUGCUUAUCUCGUGGAACACAUGAAAAAGUCGUUCUGACUUAUGCAAUCACUGGGUCACUACAUAUCUGCGGUCAAAAGUGGGAAUGGGUAGUUCAAUAUGUGAAAUCCAGCCUUUGUGCCACCACACUCUUCUGGCCGCCCUGCUCCAACCCAGUCAGAUGGGCUGGGUAGAAUAAUAAUAAGAGGAGUAGUAGUAGUAGUAGUAGUAAUAAUAAUAAUAAUAUAAUAAUAAUAAUACUUAGCCACAGCCCAUAAACAAUACUAGUGUAAAGACACCACUCAGGCUUGCAAAUUCUUAAGAAACUGUACGAAACAAUUUAAAGAGAGAGGACAAAGAUGUGAGCAUUAGACCUCCAGCCUGUCUUCCCAAAAAGUUGCUAUGUCAAGGAAACUGCGGAGUUAUCUUCCAAGAUGCUUCAUCAGCUGGAAGGCCAACAGCACUCUGAAAAGGGUAGCUCCAUGCCAAAGUCCUUUAGGUAGUUCAAAAUUUCCUUUAUAAAGGGUGAAAUUUAUAUCGUUUCCCACCUAAUUCGGAAAACGUUGUUUCCGUGGGCUGAGAUGUGCAGAUAAUAUUUGAUAUUAUGGAACAUCUGUUUUGUUGGCAGGCUGUGCUUAUGGAAAGCUGAACUUUCCAUAAAAAGAGGAAAAGAGUACCUUCCCCUGUUUGGGGAAGGGGGCAACUGAUACUUCCUAAAAUUUCUACUAUCGCCGUUGCCAUUUGCUUGUUGUGGCAGUGGUCCUGGUUCCCCAGACUCCAUGUUGUUGUUGUCUAGUUGUUUAGUCGUGUCCGACUCUUCAUGACCCCAUGGACCAAAGCACGCCAGGCACUCCCGCAGUUUGGUCAAACUCAUGCUGGUAGCUUCGAGAACACUAUCCACCCAUCUCAUCCUCUGUCGUCCCCUUCUCCUUGUGCCAUCAAUCUUUCCCAACAUCAGGGUCUUUUCCAGGGAGUCUUCUCUUCUCAUGAGGUGGCCAGAGUAUUGGAGCCUAGGCUUCAGGAUCUGUCCUUCCAGGGAGCAUUCAGGGCCGAUUUCCUUAAGAAUGGAUAGGUUUGAUCUUCUUGCAGUCCAUGGGACUCUCAAGAGUCUCCUCCAGCACCAUAAUUCAAAAGCAUCAAUUCUUCGGCGAUCAGCCUUCUUUAUGGUCCAGCUCUCACUUCCAUACAUCACUACUGGGAAAACCAUAGCUUUAACUAUAUGGACCUUUGUUGGCAAGGUGAUGUCUCUGCUUUUUAAGAUGCUGUCUAGGUUUGUCAUUGCUUUUCUCCCAAGACCAGACUCCAUAGCAGACCUGAACUCUGCCUUGGAGGCAGACAACUUGAAAGACUUAGCAAAGUUACCUGACAGAACCUGGUUCCCAAACUGAACAUGAGUCUGUGUAGACAGCUUCUUUAUACCCAUCUACCUCCCUUAGUGCUGCCACCCUUUCAGCAGGACCACAAAUAUCUCCUCCCCCUGGACGUGUAAGGAGGUGAAGGCCUUCUGGGAAAUGAUAUGUAAUGAAAUGUAAAGAAUGUUGAAAUAUACGUUUAUUAAAAAACCCCAGAAGCCUUUGCUAUUAAGUAUUGUUGAGAAAUACAUAAACAGGAUGAAACAUUAUUUUUAUAUGCAACAACUGCAGCAAGAAUGUUAUUAGCCCAAAGAUGGAAACAAUAAGAUUUACCAACCAAAAGAAGAGUGGCAGAUGAAAUUACUGGACUAUGCCAAAUUGGCAAAACUGACCCGAAAAUUCCGGAACCACCAGGAUCUGACUUUUCUGAAAGUCUAGAAUAAAUUUGUGUUAUAUUUGAAAGACCACUGCAAACAACUAACAUCACUAGUAGGGUUACAAGGCGUUUGUAAGGUUAAUUUUAUUACUUACUACAGUUAAUUUAGUAUGUAAACAAGAUUAUGAUCUAAUAGCAAUAAGGUAUACAAGAAAACGCAGUACAUAGAGAAUAGGUUUGAAAACCAUCAAUCGGGGAGGGGACUCAUGAAACCAAAUGGUUUAUUCACUUUUGUACACCAUGAUGUUAUGUAAGAAAAUAUAUGUAAAAACCAAUAAAAAUUAUUAUAAAAAACAAAAAAAGUAUCUCCUCCCUCUGUCCAUCAAUUCAUGUCCAGCAGAGAUUCAAAGAUAGAGGGAACAGCAUCCCUCUCCUCUGUGUGAGACUUGCUUUGGAGGGGGCGCUUGCCUCCCCGCUGACAAAUUAUUCUUUUGCCUGGCCUAGACAUGUUUCCGACUGUCCCUUUCGCUUGAUUUUUAUUUUAUUGGUGAUGAUAGCGUUUGAUCUCAUUUCAUUCUGAUGCAAGUUCCUUUCCAUCGCUCCACGUUUAUUUCUUAAUAUUGAAGGUGAAGAAGAUGAUGCAAACAAUCUCUGCGCUUCACUCAGUCACAGCUACAGUUAGGGUCGUCCCCACCCCCUUUUCCCCUGAUUUGUACAUCUUACUGACUUUUUAUAGCUGUCGUCUCAAAAAUUAAUAAAGAUGCAUUUAAAACACACACACGCUUCCCUGCGUUGUACAGGAUGGAACGAUCAACUCACUAUCCCUCUUUUCCUACAGGAAAUAUGAAGAUGAAGAAAACGAUGAAGGAGAACCAGUUAAAAACAGAAAGGUGAGGCUGGGAAUCUGGAGAUCCCCGCCUGAGAAACAGUUUUUAUCCAAAUGUGAUUUUGGUUUUAAAUGCAGUGUAAGGUAGUCUCUGUGGGAGUAUAUUGUCUUUCAUUAUGGGGUAUCAGUGUUUUUAGGGGGUUAACCAGGCUGGGAUAGCAGGCUUGUUGGUUUUUGAAUGUUUGAUGUAGAUUUUUUCAGUUUCGUUGUUCUGUAUGGGACAAUGACAAUAAACAUUAUCGCAUUGUAUUGUAUCGUGAGCUGGGGCUUGGUGCGGCAGUUGCUGUACAGUUCUUGGAAAAUUGUGCUGUUUCUGGCCGAGGGAAUUCCUGGCCCAUUCUAGGAAAGGUGCACAGUUGUGGCACGUUGUAAUAACCUUCUUCCCUCCCCCCCCCCCAAUUUUUCAGAGUUAUGUAGAAGAGCAGAAGCAGCUUAAGGAGAGGUGAGCUGAGAACUGUGCCGGAGAGGAGAGCCAGACUCGUCAACAUAACAUGCUUGCGGACAUUAUCUCUCCCCCCCCCCCCUUUGACAUUCCUCUUUGAGUGUGCCAUCAUUUCCCGGUGAUGAGCUGCAUGAGGGAUCAGGCCCCAUUCCCAAAUGCCGUACGUGGGGGGAGUAUGCUGCCAUUACAUAAUGCAGGGGGGGUGGGGAAUCACUGCACGUGCACAGCAGCCCCUUGUUGUUGCUGUUGUUUUUAACUUUGAAUUUCACUGUGCCAAGCACUGAAAACAGAUUCUGAGACUGAGAAUGGGCUCCUUCCCUUCUCCUGAGCUGGGCUUUUCCCAUCAUCCCAACUCCCAUCAUCUAGCUAACAGGACCAGUGGUCAGGGAUAAUGGGAGUUGUAGUCCCAAAACAUCUGGAGGGCCGAGUUUGCCUGUGCCUGAUCUAUGUUGACUGUCCCUGGAUCAAAUGACAUUUCUUCUUUAAGUUCUCAGAGCUGUUAACCAUCUCAAGGUUGUCAUCUGAACUAGCCAGAUGUUUAACUGAGAACCAAUCAGUCAGUCCAUCAUUUGAAAAAUAAGACUCUAGAUCUAUCUUACCCAAAAAUGGCAACUAGACAUUCUGUUUUGGCAGCUGUAACCUUGGUUUAAGGAGCCUUUUGGUGCCUAGCUUAUACAGUGGUACCUCAUGUUGUGUAACCUCCAGGCUACAGAAGCUUCAGGUUACGGCUGCGGCAAACCCGGAAGUGUAUGUUGCCGGGUUCACUGCUUGCACGUGUGCAGCAGCGCUCUGUGCACUGUGCGCACGCACAGAAGCAACAGCUCUAGUAAUAGAUUUUUUGGGGUGCGCAUGGCACCCCAAAAUGAAUUAAAUCUGUAACCAGCGGUACCACUGUAUAUCUGAGUUUUUAACACUCUAAACCUGACUUUGCCCUCCCCACCCCACUAUGCAGCUUCCAAAAGUUUGUGGCCGACAGUGAUGAAGAUGAUGAUGAAGGUGGAAGCUCGACAUCCUUGCUGCAGAAACGGCCCAAAAGUAAAGAGGAGAAGGUGUGUGUGUGUAAAAGAGAUGCCUCAAAUUGAAAGGCUAAGGGUGGCGAUUCCUUCACCGUCCUGUAGCAGUAGAAGUUGCUUUCCUGGUGAUGCUCCAAAAUUCAAGCUUGAGCAUCAGCAGGCAUGCUAUAAGGUGACCCUGGUGUUACCUGGCUUUUGAUGGCCCUGGUGAAGACAUCUUUCUUAACGGGAGCAGGAGGUAAGGGGCUGAACGAUGGGUAUACAUAUUUUAAUAGCCACUAAACUUUGAAAUGGGGACGCGGGUGGCGCUGUGGGUUAAACCACAGAGCCUAGGACUUGCCAAUCAGAAGGUUGGCAGUUAGAAUCCCCGUGACGAGGUGAGCUCCCAUUGCUCAGUCCCUGCUCCUGCCAACCUAGCAGUUUGAAAGCAUGUCAAAGUGCAAGUAGAUAAAUAGGUACCGCUCCGGCGGGAAGGUAAAUGGCGUUUCCGUGCGCUGCUCUGGUUCGCCAGAAGCGGCUUAGUCAUGCUGGCCACAUGACCCGGAAGCUGUCUGCGGACAAACACCGGCUCCCUCGGCCAAUAGAGCAAGAUGAGCGCCGCAACCCGAGAGUCAUCCGCGACUGGACCUGAUGGUCAGGGGUACCUUUACCUUUAAACUUUGAAAUGUGUUUUAAUGUUCAGAUAAAUGUAGCUGCCUUUAGUCAAGGUCAGGGUGGUGCAUUGUUGUUGUUUAGAUUUAUAUACCGCGCUUUGUCUUAAGUUCUCAGGGUGGUUCACAGAAUAAAAUACAGGAUAAAAAUAAGCACAUAAUCUCACGUUGCCACCCUCUGGACUUCACGUGGAGGAGGUACACAAAGAAGGGCCUCGGGUGAUAAACAGAGAAUCUGGGAUGAUUUACCGUAUUUUUCGCACUAUAGGACGCACUUUUUCCCCUCCAAAAAUGAAGGGGAAAUGUGUGUGCGUCCUAUGGUGCGAAUGCAGGCUUUCACUGAAGCCUGGAGAGCGAGAGGGGUCGGUGCGCACCGACCCCUCUGGCUCUCCAGGCUUCAGGAGAGCCCCAGCGCCAGCCCCACAAGGUCGGGGGACAGAGGGAGGCGGAACGCCGCCAUCCCGCUGUCUCCAGAAGUGGUUUGGAGGCUGACGGCGGGGAGACCCCGCCGCCGGCCCCGCAGCUCCGGGGACAGCUGGGAGACGCAGCGCGUCUUCCUGCUGUCCCCGGACCUGAUCUGAAGGCGGGGGGCGGGGAGAAGAGCGCUUCUCCCCGCGGCCGGCCCCCACCCUCCGGGGACAGCUGGGAGACGCCGCGCGUCUUCCCGCUGUCCCCGGACUUGAUAUCAAGGCGGGCGGCGGGGAGAGCAGCGCUUCUCCCCGCUGCCUGCCCCCAAGCUCCGGGGACAGCUGGGAGACGCAGCGCGUCUUCCCGCUGUCCCCGGACCUGAUCUUAAUGCGGGCGGCGGGGAGAAGAGCGCUUCUCACCGCUGCCUGCCCCCAGCUCCGGGGACAGCAGGGAGACGCAGCGCGUCUUCCCGCUGUCCCCGGACUUGAUAUCAAGGCGGGCGGCGGGGAGAGCAGCGCUUCUCCCCGCUGCCUGCCCCCAAGCUCCGGGGACAGCAGGGAGACGCAGCGCGUCUUCCCGCUGUCCCCGGACCUGAUGUGAAGGCGGGCGGCGGGGAGAAGAGCGCUUCUCCCGCUGCCUGCCCCCAAGCUCCGGGGACAGCAGGGAGACGCAGCGCGUCUUCCCGCUGUCCCCGGACUUGAUAUCAAGGCGGGCGGCGGGGAGAGCAGCGCUUCUCCCCGCUGCCUGCCCCCAAGCUCCGGGGACAGCAGGGAGACGCAGCGCGUCUUCCCGCUGUCCCCGGACCUGAUGUGAAGGCGGGCGGCGGGGAGAAGAGCGCUUCUCCCCGCUGCCUGCCCCCAAGCUCCGGGGACAGCAGGGAGACGCAGCGCGUCUCCCCGCUGUCCCCGGACCUGAUCUCAAGGCGGGCGGCAGGGAGAAGAGCGCUUCUCCCCGCUGCCUGCCCCCAAGCUCCGGGGACAGCUGGGAGACGCAGCGCGUCUUCCCGCUGUCCCCGGACCUGAUCUGAAGGCGGGCGGCGGAGAGAAGAGCGCUUCUCCCCGCUGCCGGCCCCACAAGCGCCUGGGGGGGAAAUAAUUUUUUUUCCUUUAUUUCCCCCCCAAAAAACUUGAUGCGUCCUAUGGACCGGUGCGUCCAAUGGUGCGAAAAAUACGGUAUAUGGGGAGAGGCGGACCUGUAGGUAUUGGGUUCCUGAGCUGUUUAAGGCUUUAUAGGUCAGAACCAGCACUUUGAAUUGGGACCAGAAGCUGGUUGGCAGCCAGUGCAGUCAGGCCAGGAUCGGUGUUCUAUGCCCAAGCCAGUGAGCAACCUGGCCUCCAGAUUCUGUACCGGGUGAAGCUUCCGAACAGUUUUCAGAGGCAGCCCUGUGUAUAAUCCAUGACAUUGUUGCCUCGGUUCUACCGUCUCUUCUGUUCUCUCAGGAGCACGAGGAGGCAGACUACAUCAGUUGGUUAAAAGGUCAGGAGAAGCCACAAGCAGAGGAAGCGCUCCGGGACCUGGUAUGUAUAAUUAUUAUUAUUAUUUAAUAUUUUUUUUUAUUUAUAUGCUGACAAACAAACAUAAAACAACACAAAGAUGUACAAUAUAUUAUAAACAAAAUACAAUAAUAUAUAAAUGUAAAAAUAAAAAUAGAAAAAGAGCAAAAAGGGAAAAGCAAAGAACAUUGUCUCAAAAAUAAGAUAUGUAUUAACCUAAAUUGGACUCCGUUUUCUUUGUUGACUUCCUUUGUCCUCUACAUGGGUCUAAUAUCAACCAUAGUAAUCUGCUUUCUUUAAUCUUCUUCUUAACUUACUUUCUAUUUUAAUUGUCCUUAUUCUAACCGUACAUCAGUUUACAGAAGUUAAUUAAAACAUGUCCAAGAAGUAAUAUGCGGGCAUUGCUUCUUCAGAUAAUCACUAUCUUUCCCCUAGUCUUUCUGAAGUUUUUGUUUGCUGUGGCCCCUGAUCGUGCCUGUCAGUCUGGCUAGUUCCAUGUAACUGAAUAAUUUAUCUUGACAUUCUCGUUUGGAUGGAAUUGUUUCUUUUUUCCCAUUUUUUUGCGAUCAGGGUUCUAGCUGCCACCACAGCAUACAAGAAUAGAUUCUAAUCUUCUCUGGGUAUAUCUGUAUCAGUUAUUCCCAGCAAUAAGGCUUCUGCUUCCACCAAAAAAAUUAAAUCUAAAGAUUUUCUUCAUUUCUUGAAGGACUAAGUCCCAGAAGCCCUUAACUUUUUCACAUUGCCACCACAUGUGUAUAAGUGUGCCCUCUGAUCGGUUGCACCUCCAGCAUAAGUUGGAUUCCGUGUAUACAUUUUACAGAUUUUUGUAGGUGUCAAAUACCACCUGGUAUGCAAUGGGCUUGGGGACCCGUCGCUUUGGACGACACUGGAAAAUGGGCCACAAUGAUGGGCAGCCCCAUCUGGCUCUGUAUGACCACUGUCUGGUUUGUUGCUUCUUCCUAAUAAAUUAAGGCACUGUUUUCCUCAGACCUAGACAAGAAUUUUGCAACAGGCUUCCAGAAUACCUGCAACUCCCAGAAGCCCAUGAUUGAGGUUGCAGUGCUUCUCCCAAGAGGCUCAGUGUGCUGGUCUUGAUCUUGAGAGUCUCAAGUUAGCUAGGAGAAGGGAUCCGACCAUUUGCUGUUUCCUUGGGCUGACAUAAUUUCCAGCCGCCUCAAUAAAGUAACGGAAUGGAAACACUUAUCUUGACGCAAAAAGGAUUGGGCUCCGUUAAUUUCUGAAUCCUGCUAAAUCCGCAUCUUGAGCGGUCUUCUGCUAGUCUGAGGCUAGCAGAACAUUUUUCUGCAUGAGCAGGCGCUUCCCCAUGUUGCUCCAGGAAAGCAUGUGUCUGCCCCAUUGAUUGAUUGAUUGAUUGAUUGAAUUUAUAUACUGCCCUAUACCCGGAUGUCUCAGGGUGGUUCACAGAAAAGAUUGCAGUAUAUAAAAUAAAAAUAAAAGCAAUAACCCCAUAACAGCCCCCCCCCAGAAAGAUCCACAUUUUAAAAGGGUACGGGAUGUCCAUCAGGUCAACCAAAGGCCUGGUUAAAAAGGACCGUUUUUGCCUGACGCCUAAAGGUGUGUAAUGAAGGUGCCAGGCGAACUACCCUGGGCAGAGCAUUCCACAGACAGGGAGGCCACUGCAGAGAAGGCCCCGUUCUCAUGUUGCCACCCUCCGCACCUCUCGAAGAGGAGGCACACGAAAGAGGGCCUCAGAAGAUUAUCCCAGGGUCCGGGUAGGUUCAUAUCAAAAGAGGCGGUCCUUGAGGUAUUGCAGUCCUGAGCCGUUCAAGGCUUUAUGGGUCAAAACCAGCACUUUGAAUUGGGCCCGGAAACUAAUUGGUAGCCAGUGCAGUUGGACCAGGAUCGGUGUAGUAUACUCAAACCGUCUUGCUCCGGUGAGCAACUGAAUUCUGCACUAUCUGAAGUUUUUGAACCGUCUUCAGAGGCAGCCCUACUUAUAAUGUAUAUCUCACCCUUUAGGAUGAAAUGGUCCUUUGGGGGAUUUUCUGCACUGUCCCUGUCUUCCAGAGGAGUCUUUGGGUGUGGGUUUGAUGGUAUGGUGAGCCUUGCUUGGGUCUUGAGGCGGGUGACUUCAUUUCGGGUUUCCUCUGUUUCCCCAGGCUCCCCUUAAAGAAUACUGGAACGACCCACAACUCGAUGAGGGGGAGCGGUUCCUGCGAGAUUAUAUCUUGAACAAGCGCUACAAGGAGGCAGAUGAUGGAGGGGAGGAAGAGGAGGAGGAGGAGGAGGAUGGGUGAGUGCUGAAGGAUGGAUUUUUGAGUUCCUUAAGGAUAGGGCAUAACUUUCCCUGGUGUGUCUCCCCCUGUCCCCAAUCCAGGUGAAGGUAGAUGGAAAGGAAAUUUAAUUUGUUGAGCUACCCUCUUCCCCCAUUCACUGAUAGUGCACCUUCAUGGGCAAGAUCUAACACAAUGUCACUUAAUGAAGGUAGAUAAUCUCUGGGCAUGCCUUCUAUAGUGACACCAGGAUAACCUUAUUCUUCCCAUCUUUAUUGGUAGAAAUAAUUGUUAUUUUAAAAAAUAAUUCCUCCAUGCUCUCAUGGUCCAGAGGGAGGUGUUCGUGGGUCCAUGGGCUAAGUUAUUUGCACAGAGUUAUUUUCUCUUAAAGUUUCUGAUUUUCACCAGCAAUACCAGGAAAGAUCAUGCUUACUAGCUGCUUUGCUUCUCAAUAUUCUCUGGUUGGCCUCUGUUAUUUUCUUCUACAAAUAGAGAACUUACCUAAUGACUAUAUACAGGCUCUUGGGUACCCCAUAAGCGAUAAAGAAGCAGUUUUUUUCUUAUAACACUGUCCUUGCGCUAUAUUCCCUCUUCCUGCUCAUGUGCUGCCUUCUCCACAGGCUCCCCGGAGCGCAGCUGGCUAUAUCGGAUUCGUCGGAUGAGGGCGAGCUGUUCUUAAAGAAGCAAGAGGAUUUUGAGCGCAAGUACAACUUCCGCUUCGAGGAGCCUGAGGCCCAGUUGGUGAGGGGAAAUAUUCUCUGCCUGCAUUGGGAAGUUAGGCUUUCUUCUCUUGUGUCCUGGCGCCAUUAUGUUAUGAGUGACAAGAGGGACGUCCUCUCUCUGUGAGGAGACUGGGGUGAUGAAAGGGGGGUGCUGCUGGGAUCUCUGCUCAUCUGAAGAAUGUGAGGCUGAAGAGUUGUUCCUUUUCUCUUCUCCGAUACUUGUACCGCCAGAUGAAAACAUAUCCCCGCAACAUUGCAACCUCGGUGCGCCGGAAGGAUGAACGCCGUAAAGAGAAACGGCAGGAGACUCAGGAACGCAAGAAGAAAGUGAGUUCUGCACAGAUACGAGCGGAUGAUGUUCAGCUCUAUUGGGCUACCUAGGAGGGCUGAAACUUUUGUCUAUUAUUAUUAUUAUUAUUAUUAUUAGAAUUUAUAUACCGCCCUAUACCCAGAGGUCUCAGGGCAGUUCACAGAACAAAAUCAAAAUAUAAAAUCACAAAAUAUAUAAUCAAAAUGAAACCAACAGCCCAAUAACACGUCCCCAAACCCCCCACAUUUUAAAAGGGCAUAGGGCAGGGGUAGGCAACCUAAGGCCCGCGGGCCGGAUGCGGCCCAAUCGCCUUCUCAAUCCGGCCUGUGGACAGUCUGGGAAUCAGCGUGUUUUUACAUGAGUAGAAUGUGUCCUUUUAUUUAAAAUGCAUCUCUGUUUAUUUGUGGGGCAUAGGAAUUUGUUCAUUUCCCCCCUCAAAAUAUAGUCUGGCCCACCACAUGGUCUGAGGGACAGUGGACCGACCCACGGCUGAAAAAGGUUGCUGACCCCUGGUAUAGGGUGUCAAAUCAAAUCAACCAAAGGCCUGGUUAAAACAGAACGUUUUUGCAUGGUGCCUAAAGGUGUAUAAUUAAUCAUUUCAUUUCUGUACCGCAUUUUACAGAAAAAAGCUCAAAGCAGUUUACAAACCUACAAUAAAACAUCAAAAAAGUGAUCCAGAAUAAAACAUUACUGAAGAAAGUCAAAUAUAAAUUAUACAUUCCAAGCACCGUAAAUAACAGGAAACUAAAAUAUUAAAGAUUUCAAAAUAAAAUAUUGCAAAGAAGGUAAAGUAUGGAACACACGUUUAAUGCAGCAAAUUUAACCCAAAAAAAUUAUCUGAAACAUUUCAAAAGAAAACAUUACUAAAGGAAGUCCAGUAUAAAAUGCACAUUUAAAACAGCAUAAUUAGCAAGGAAACAAAAUAUAACCAUAAACGUAGAGCAUAUUUGCUGCUGUUACUGCCAUUUCUAUCAAUGGUGGUUCAUGGUGGGCGACAGCAAUGGAAGCUCAGGUUCAAUGACCUGGGUCUGCACUCAGACAGCCAAGAUGAUCUCUGGUCUCUUCAGCAACCUCAGCUUUUGUAGCUGGAGUCAGUCCAGACCCCGCCCUCCCAGGUCAGGAGGGAAAAGUCCUGCAAAGCGGGGAGCAGAUCUCUCAGGACUCACAGUGAAGUAUAGGUGGGUUCAGGCAUGAAGGCGCCAGGAGAACUUCCCUGGGGAGAGCAUUCUUCAUACAUGGAUCUUGGUGCUGUAUGGGCCAAAUAACGGCCUUCUCCCGUAAUACUGUGCUUUCUUCACCCUAAAAGGAGAAGGCUCAAAAACAGGAGGAGCUGAAGCAGCUGAAGAACCUGAAGCGCCGGGAGAUCCUGGAACGGCUGGGGAAGCUGCGUGAGAUCACCGGCAGUGCAACCAGCACCUUCCAGGAAAUGGACCUCGAAGGGGACUUUGAUCCCACCCAACAUGACCAGCUGAUGGAGGUAGGUGCAUGUUGUAUACCAAUGCUGAGGGUUCUGGCUGGCAGCCAGAAGACACUGCCCCAGCCCCUCUCCAAAAUGGUAGGGCCGUGUUACGGGUGAGUCAGCUGAACCCCGUUCUCCUGCCCCAACGAGAAAUUGAGGGAAGUAGAUUUGGCUUGUCGUUAGAAAAUGUCUCAAUGAAUUGGUUUGAAACUGGGCAGUGCUUUUGCCUUCUAGGCAUUAGCCAACUCUUCUUCUUUUUUAAGAAAUCAUUUUUAUUUGAUUUUACAAAUAUAAAUAUAUAACAUUCCAAAUGCAUAUCCAUAUAUAGAGAUUACUCUGAAUCUCGAGACUUCCCCCUCAUCCCCUUCAUGGGCCCUAUUGUCAACAUUUACAACUGCAUAUUUAUAUUCUAUGCAGUCGUACCUUGGAAGUCGGAAUGGAAUCCGUUCCAGAAGCCCGUUCGACUUCCAAAACAUUCGGAAGCCAAAGCGCAGCUUCUGAUUGGCUGCAGGAGCUUCCAGCUGUUUGGGGACUACAUUUCCCAUCAUCCCUGUCCACUGGUCCUGUUAGCCAGGGAUGAUGGGAGUUGUAGUCCCAAAACAGCUGGAGGGCCAAGUUGGGCCAUCACUGCUUUAGGCAGUAGCCAAUGCUUGAAUUGAUUUGUAGAGUUGGAUGGGACCCUGAGGACCGUCUAGUCUAACCCUUCUCCCGGUAUGCCCCACGGAGGACCUUAAGGUCCAUAAAUGGCAACACCCUAGCGGUCCCAGGCCCUAAGGAAGUCAGAUUAGCCUCAACCAGAGCCCAGGACCUUUUCAACACUAGUUCCGGCCUGGUGGAACGCUCUGUCUCAUGAGACCAGGGCCCUGCAGGAUCUGAUUUCUUUCCACAGGGCCUGUAAGACAGAGUUGUUCCGCCUGGCCUUUGACUUGGAAUCAACUUGAUUCCCUCCUCCUCUUUCUUUUCCUUUUUCCUUCUGUGAUGGAACUCCUAUUUGGGGGACUUCCCUGGCUUUUUCCUGGCCCACGUAGGAACAGUCUGGAUAGUUGGCCUUGGUGAAGACUUGACGUUUUCAUCCCCCAAAAAGUUUUUGAUUUGAGUUUCUACUGAAACAAGGCUGCAUUUUAAUGUUGUAUUUUAAUCUUGUUUUUAAGUUGUAUUUCAAUUGUUUUUAUACCUGGUGUUAGCCGCCCUGAGCCCGGUGGGGAGGGGAGGGGAGGCUGGGGAGGGCUGGGUAUAAAUAAAAAAUUAUUAUUAUUAUUAUUCUCUGUUUCCUACAGAAAUUAUUUGGGGACGAGUAUUACGGAGUUGGUGAGGAAGAGAAACCGCAGUUUGAGGCGGAAGAAGGAAUUGACGGUAUGUCGAGAAGAUGCCCUGGCACAUGGGCAGCUUGACCUCGGUCUGAAAACAAAUUUGCUUGUGAGGUCAGCAUUGGGAUCCCCAAUUCUAGAGCAGUCCCCCCUCGAUCUAGUGCUGUUCUGGGUGAGGAUGGCGGGAUCUGUUUGUCCAAACCACCUGGAGGGCACCACGUUGGGAAAGGCUGCUUUAGAUGGGCUUUUAAUGAUGUGUUGGUGGAGUGUUGCAUGAAACUGGAUCUACUUUGGCUUGAUCCAGCAAGGUUCUUGUUAGUCUUCAUUUUGGAAGAUCUGUUGCAGAACCGGGAGAUGUUUUUGGCUGGGAGAAUUUUUGCUGAAGAGAACAUGAGUUGGGGACAUGAAAGGAGGAAGGCAAGCAAGCUGCGAGUAUUUUGCAGAAGCUGCCCACGUAAUCUGGAAUCUGCCAGGAAUGUUAAAAUGACUGUUGUGCUUUAGAUAUCCUCAGGAGUCAUUUGGUGUAUUCUUGCGUGACGCUUGUUUCUUUUUUUUAUUUAUAUAUAAUUUUUAUUAAAUUUUCUGAUUUACAUUUCAAAAUAUUCAUUUAAACAACCUUAAUGACUUCCCUUCUUCUCUUUCCAUGGUUCAUUUUGCAUACCACCCAUCCUUCAUAUUUUUCAUAAAAUAAACUAUUCAGUAAUCCAUUGUUACAUCCAUCAGAACUUAUUUUCACUGUUGAAUUUAUCUUAAUGCUACCAGCAUUCUUAAAUGAACACAAUUUUCACCCAUAUAUUCAGUAAACAUUUUCCAGUCUACAUUCUUUUUGUUCUCUUAUUCUAUAUGUUAAGUCUGCAAGCUGCAUGUAUUCCAUCAGUUUAAAUUGCCAUUCCUUUUUGGUUGGGACCUUGCUAUUUUGGGGCUGACAAAACAUGAGCUGCAGUCAUAGCAUACAUAAAUAGUCUUUUUUGACACCUGGGAAUUUACCUCUGAAUUAUCCCCAACCAAAAGGAGUCUGGUUUUGUUUUUUUUGGAAAAGUACUUUUAAAUAUUUUUUUCAAUUCAUUAUGUAUCAUUUCCCAAUACUCUUUUACCCUUUUACAAGUCCACCACAUAUGAUAAAACGUACCCUCAACCUCAUAACAUCUCCAGCACAUGAGACUCGUUUCAUGCCUUCAGAUGCCUUAACAGGGGGACGCUAUUUCUUUAUCCAUCCCAACUUUGGUUGAGGGAUUCUUGGGCAUUACUGCAGGCCGGCUCCUGGAUGAGGUUCAGAAAACAGUGGGACCAAAGGAAUCAUUAGCUUAGAAAGCAAAAAUGUCUUUUUCGUCUUCAUCCCGAAUGCAGAUGAGUGGAAUUGGGACAAGUGGACAGGAGGGGAUGGAACUGAAGCAGAAGGUCACCUAGGGCUGCAGGAGGAUGAAGAAUACCACCCCCACUGCGAGGAUCCUGACUUUGUGGUAUGUCUGGCUUGCAUUCUUAACCAGGGGGCCCAGCUCUGGUUGCUGAGGUGGUGCGGGUCUCAAUAAUAAUAAUAAUAAUAAUAAUAAUAAUGCAAUGAAACAUCAGACAUUAAAAAGUUUCCUAAACAGGGCUGCCUUCAGAUGUCUUCUAAAAGUCCGAUAGUUGUUUAUUUCCUUGACAUCUGGUGGGAGGGUGUUCCACAGGGCGGGUGCCACUACCGAGAAGGCCCUCUGUCUGGUUCCCUGUAAUCUAACUUCUCGCACGGAGGGAACUGCCAGAAGGCCCUCGGAGCUGGACCUCAGCGUCCGGGCUGAACAAUGGGGGUGGAGAUACUCCUUCAGGUAUACUUACGGGACAGCCUCUCCUGGUAUGCCCCGCAGAGGACCUUCAUGUCCAUGAAUAAUCAUAGUUUAGAGGUCCCAGGCCCUAAGGAAGUUAGAUUAUCGUCCACCAGGGCCAGGGCCUUCUCAGUGAUGGCUCCAACCUGGUGGAAUGCUCUGUCCCAUGAGACCAGGGCCCUGCAGGAUUUAACUUCCUUCCGUAGGGCCUGUAAGACAGAACUGUUCCGCCUUGCUUUCAAGUUGAACCUGUCCUGAUCUUUUGUUCCCCUUUUUGUGAAGAUUGCCCACUCUUGGGAUCCCACAGCUGGUUCUCCCCUGGGUUCCUCGCUGGCCCAAGUGGGACUAAUUUAGCCAGCUAGCCCUGGUGAUUAUCUAAUGUUUAUUGGAUGGAUUUCCCCCCUAAAUUGAUUUUUGAUUUUAUUGUUAUUUACGCUUUAUCCCGUAUUUUAUGCUGUUUUUUCUGUAGCAUCAAUUAAGUGUUUUAAAUUUGUUGUUAGCCGCCCUGAGCCCGGUUUCCUGAACCGGGUAGGGUGGGGUAUAAAUAAAAAAUUAUUAUUAUUAUUAUUAUUAUUAUACUGGGCUGAGCUGUUUAGGGCUUUAAAGGUCAGCACCAACACUUUGAAUUGCGCUCGGAAAUACUUUGAAUUGUGCUCGCGCCCGUUCAUGCACUGCAGCCAUGGAUUGGCAGAAGAUGGUGCCCGUGAAGGGAUGGGCAAAUAGAUGAGGGAAAGCCACAGUCUCUGGUCAGUGUGACCAGAAAGCUCGCUGCAGAUUUGAGGACACUUAGCAAAAACGGUGACAUCUAAUAACUUAAUGGAUAGAGGUGGGGAAAGGGGACAGACUUUGGGCAACAUCUUUCAUGAGAUAAUGGCAGGAUUUGAUGCAUUUUUGCAUGCAGCUGUCGCAUCCAGGCUUUCCUCCCUGAGGACCGGGAACAUAUUUAAUGAAGAGCGGUGAAAUCUGGAUUUCCCAAGAGCCUUGCACAACCGUAGGGGUGCAGUUGGCAUUCUGUAUGCUGAAGUGGGCAACAGGAGAGAUGCCCGCACAAAUACGAUACGAUAUGAUAAUCUUUAUUGUCAUUGUCCCAUACAGAACAACGAAAUUGAAAAUCUACAUCAGACAUUCAGAAACCAACAAGCCUGCUAUCCCAGCCUGGUUAGCCCCCUAAAAACUCUGAUACCCCAUAAUUAAAUACAAUAUACUCCCAUAGAGACUACCUUACACUGCGUUUAAAACCAAAAUCACAUUUGAAUAGAAACUGUUUCUCAGGCGGCUAGUCCUAGUCUUUAUAACCCUGUACCUUCUUCCAGAAGGCAAAAGCUGAGAGAGAACUACCCUGCACUAUCUCUGCAGCUUUCUUAUGGCACCUGGAAGCACAGAUUUGAUCCAAGGUGGGAAGAGUGCACCCAAUUAUUCUCUCCGCAGUCUUUACAACCCUGAACAGCAUUGUUUUUCCCUGACCGUGCAGCUCCCAAACCACACACACAGACCAUAAGUUAAUACACUCUCAACAGUACAACGGUAAAAUGCCAUCAACAGGUCUUUGAGGGUUUAUUUUAUGGGGGUGGGGGCUGGUGAGCGAUAAGCAGCAGCUUCUUGUUUUAUGUCUGGUUGGGUUCUAGUCUUGUUUACCCUGUGUGGACUUCUGGCACCAGGGGAGAAGGGAGGUUGGCUCUGCUCUCCUCCCGGGGUUUGUGACGCCCGCGUGAAAUGACGCUUGCUUUUCUCUUCUCUUCUCCCCUUCAUAAACCACCUCUUCAGAUGGAUGCCGAUUACGACCCCACCCAGGAGCCAGGCCCCUCCAGAAAGCAGCGGAGGCUGGAGGUUCCCCUUCUGGGCAAGAAGAAGCGCAAGUCGCAUUUUGCAGAGGCUGUCAGUCGGGAGAAAAAACCCUUUGACCCUGGUAAGGAUGGUAGAUGAGCCAGCCUUACUUUGCCUGGCGUCUUUUGCCCAUAGAACCUCUCCCAGGCCAGGUGGCAUCAACUGCAUUUGAGAAUUGUUGGAACUGAGAGAGAAGGGGACUUGCUCUCUUUGGGUGAUGGAGGCUUCCUUGAGAGAUUGAACGCUUCUGGGCAUUUUUCUGCUUCCCCGUUUAGUGAAAAUCUCCUUGCCCAGCCCAAACGUCUUUCUCUCUCCCCGCCCCUUUUUUUAAUUAUUUAUGCUUCUCAGGUUUAUACAUUUCAUUAAUUUCACAAUCAUUUUAACGUUUCAAAAUUUGACUUCCUUUGGUUCCUUAAAUUUAAUUUUAAUAUCUUCUGCAUAUCCAAAUUCACCUUAAUUUGCUCAAUUAUUUAUCUACUUUAAAUACUCUUAUAAAACUGCAGGUUGUUACAAUAACCCUGCCAAUGUUCUUAUCUAUUUAAAAUUUAUCUGUAAAUAUUCAACAAACCAUUUCCAUUCUUUUAUAAGAAGUUUGCUAUCUUGAUUUCUUAUUAUUCCGGUAAGUUUCGCCCUUUCUGCAUAUUCCACAAGUUGUUGUGUCCAUUCUUCCUUUUCUGGGACUUCUGCUUCUUUCCAUUUUGGGGCAGGUAACAUUCCUGCUGCUUUAGUAGCAUACAUAAAUAAGUUCCUUUUUAUUUUAUUUUUAAAAAUAUUUUUAUUAAAUUUUAUUUAUCAAAUUUAAAUUCAAACAUUAAACAUCCACAUCAUCAUUUAAGCUUCUCUGAAUCCUUCGACUCCCCUCCGCCCUUCCAUGGUUACAAUUAUCAAUCUUUUUUUCAACUGCUUCCCUUAUAUUCUUUAUUUUUUAAAAGGAAACAAUCCAUUUUUUACGAUAGUUUUUCAUACAUUGCAAGUAUUACUGCAAUCCUGCCAAAGUUUUUAAUUGUUUACAGUGUUCUCUUAAAUACAUUGUAAUUUUUUACAUUGGGAAAAAAUAUGCAUCAAUAAGUUUCUAUACAAUUUACGCAUUUCUGUCCCUAUAAUUCCCCAAAGAAAAGCUUCUGGUUUUUUUGUUUUUGUUUUUACAAAGGUUAUUAAAAACUCUCUCUCUUUCUCUUUGCAGAGACAAAGACCUUUGAGCAGUACCUAGAUGAAUUCUACCGCCUGGACUAUGAAGACCUGAUAGGGGACUUGCCUUGCCGUUUCAAAUACCGAACCGUGGUCCCCUGCAGCUAUGGGCUCUCAACUGAGGAGGUAGGUAACUUGACCCUUUGGCAGAGACUGAGGCAGAUUUCUUUUCUCCCGCUGGGGGGGGGAGGACCGUUGUCUGUUUUGGUCAGACAGUGGUACCUCGGGUUACAUACGCUUCAGGUUACAGACUCCGCUAACCCAGAAAUAGUACCUCAGGUUAAGAACUUUGCUUCAGGAUGAGAACAGAAAUUGUGCUCCGGAGGUGCAGCGGCAGCAGGAGGCCCCAUUAGCUAAAGUGGUUCUUCAGGUUAAGAACAGUUUCAGGUUAAGAACGGACCUCCGGAACGAAUUAAGUACUUAACUCGAGGUACCACUGUAUACUAGAUGAGAUGCAACAAACUGAAGCUCAAUCCAGAGAAGAUUGAGGCACUGUUUGUGGGCGGUUCCCUAGACUGGAUGGAUGGAAGAUGACCUGCUCUUGAUGGGGUUACAUUCCUUUUGAAGGAGCUGGUAUGUAGCUUGGGAAUAUUUCUGGACCCAUUUCUUGAGACUUGGGUGGCCUCAGUGGCACUGAGUGACGUCUGUCUGCUUUGGCAGGUGGCCCACACAUGCCCCUGUUUGGACAGGGAUAGCCUAACAUCUGCCAUCUAAGCUCACGUAACCUUCGGGCUAGAUUUUUGCAAUACGUUCUACAUGGGGCUGCCCCUGAAGACGAUUCAGAAACUUCAGCUGGUAUAGAAUGCAGCAGCCAGGUUGCUCAAGACCAGGGGUCAGCAGCCUUUUUCAGCCGUGGGCCAGUCCACCGUCCCUCAGACCAUGUGGUGGGCGGGACUAUAUUUUGAAGGAAAAAAUGAACAAAUUCCUAUAGAGGACAUAGCCACCAGUACCAGGCAGUAGAUGAACAUUGGGAUGCACAGAAACCUCGUGUGGAUUCUUCAAAGGUUAAGUCUCCUUGGACUGGAUCUUGCACCAAUUUGCAGUUUUCCCUUUUUGGGACUAGCCUUUCAGCUCUCAUCUGACAACUCAACUCCUAACAUGAGGCUUCUGUCUAGCCAAAGGGAUUCUGCACAUGCUUCAUUCUUGCCCAGGGGUCAGCAAACUUUUUCAGCCAUAGGCUGGUCCACCGUCCCUCAGACCAUGUGGUGGGCCAGACUAUAUUUUGAAGAAAAAAAUGAACGAAUUCCUAUGUCCCACAAAUAACCCAGAGAUGCAUUUUAAAUAAAAGCACACAUUCUACUCAUGUAAAAACACGCUGAUUCCUGGACCGUCUGCAGGCCGGAUUGAGAAGGCGAUUGGGCCGCAUCCGGCCCCCAGGCCUUAGGUUGCUUACCUCUGCUCAAGUGUGUUUGAGCAUACUACACCAAACCUGGCCUAACUCCACUGGCUGCCAAUCAGUUUCUGGGCCCAGUUCAAAGUGCUGCUUUUGACCUAUAAAGCCUUAAACGGCUCAGGACUGCAAUACCUGAAGAACCACCUCUUUCCAUAUGAACCUACCCAGACCCUGAGAUCAUCUUCUGAGGCCCUUUUUCAUGUGCCUCCUCUGGAGGGUGGCAACACGAGAACAGGGCCUUCUCUGCAGUGGCUCCCUGUUUGUGGAAUGCUCUCCCCAGGGAGGCUCAUUACAUAUCUUUAGCCACCAGGCGAAAACAUUCCCCUUCAACCAUGCUGUGGCCUUUUCAAUGUAUUUGCUGGAGGCAGGGUUGUUGCUGGUUUGGUUUUGUUCCGUUAUGUAUUUUGUGUUCUCAUUUGCAUCGUGAACUGCUCUGUGAUUUCCGGAUGAAGGGAGGCGCACAAAUUUAAUAAACAAAGGCCGGGGUGCAUGCUUGUGGAGGAUCAGGUGCCAAUUGGAGCAACAUUCGGACUGCCUCACCAGAGUGGUGCAUGCUCUGGUUCUCUCUCUUGGACUACUGCAAUGCGCUCUGUGUGGGGCUACCUUUGAAGGUGACCCGGAAACUACAACUAAUCCAGAAUGCAGCAGCUAGACUGGUGACUGGGAGCGGCCGCCAAGACCACAUAACACCGGUCUUGAAAGACCUACAUUGGCUCCCAGUACGUUUCUGAGCACAAUUCAAAGUGUUGGUGCUGACCUUUAAAGCCCUAAACGGCCUCUGUCCAGUAUGAAGGAGCGUCUCCACCCCCAUCGUUCUGCCUGGACACUGAGGUCCAGCUCCGAGGGCCUUCUGGCAAUUCCCUCCCUGCGAGAAGUGAGGUUACAGGGAACCAGGCAGAGGGCUUUCUUGGUAGUGGCACCCGCCCUGUGGAAUGCCCUCCCACUAGAUUUCAAAGAGAGCAACUACUACCAGACUUUUAGAAGACAUCUGAAGGCAGCCCUCUUUAGGAAAGCUUUUAAUGUUUGAUGCAUUACUGUAUUUUAAUAUUUUGUUGGAAGCCGCCCAGAGUGGCUGGGAAAGCCCAGCCAGAUGGGCGGGGUAUAAAUAAUAUAUUAUUAUUAUUAUUAUUAUUAUUCAAAUAAGAAAUGAAUGAUUCUUUCUCCCUAGAUCCUGGCAGCUGAUGACAAGGAGCUGAACCGCUGGUGUUCUUUGCGGAAGACCUGUAUGUACAGGUGAGGCGCAGGAAGGAUGCGGUGUCUGUCUACACUGGAAACCGAAUUAAAGGGGGGGUCCUGCUGUGUGCAGUGUGGCUUGGGGACCAGGACUCCUGGGUUCUAGCCCACUUCUGGUUGCGCUGGUCGCCGCGACUCGUGCUUCAGUUUUUUCGAAGAAUUCAAGAUUUUCUGGCAAGCGACAAUGCACAAAGGGGCCUGCAAGUUUGGGAAUGGGGCGGAGGUGUCGGCUUCUGAGUCACAGAGCAAUCCACUGCAGCUCCAGUGUCUAGCAAAGAGGAAUCUUUGCAGACCUCUUGGUUUUGGGGGGGUUCUGCACCUGCACAAGGCACCAUCCACUACCUGCCAUGCUGUUGUCUACGAUGAGAUGGUUUUGUUCCUUGCUUUUCCCCUCCCACCCGCAUCAGGGAGGGAAGGAGGGCAUCUUGCAUGUGGCACCUGACAGGUGUAUUCUCCAUGCAGGUCUGAGAAGGAGGAGCUGCGAGACAAGACGGCCUAUGAGCAGAAAGGCCAGAAUACUUGGAAGAAGAAGCAGGUUCUCAAAUCCCUUCAGUCCGAGUAUGUGCUCUAUUUUAUAUCUAUAUUGCUAUUUUAUUUGAUUUCAAGAUUCAAGAUUGCAUUUUAACACUCAAUAAUUAUACUCCUUCAAUGCUAAUGACUUUCUACUUGUUCAUUCUCAAAGUUCAUAAAUAUAGUUUCACAUAACUGCAUUUUUUAAAGUACCCUCAUGUCAAGCUUCAUCCUCUUUAACCGGUUUCUUAAUAUAAUCUACUAUUUUUUCUCCUUAAAUUUCAAACCCCACUGUGGACUUCAUGUAUAAAUAAUAACUUUUUAAGUCCGUUUCAGGGGCCUUAUCCCAUCCGCUGGUUAGUUUAAUCCAGUCCCUGUGGCAGUUUAUUUCCUGGGGCAAAAUCAUUAAAAAAGCUCAACAACUUCAAUCCUAAAAAAAGGCCAAGAACUUUGGUCGGCCCUCACAGCCCUUCACAUCAUCAAAUCUGGCCCUCAUUGAAAAAAGUUUGGACACCACUGUUUUAAGUAAACUAGGAAAGGUCUCCUGUCCUCAACAACAACAACAACAAUAAUUUUAUUUAUAUCCUGCCCUCCCCAGCCAAAGCCGGGCUCAGGGCUAACAACAAUAAAGGUAACACAACAUUCUAAAAUCAAUUCAUUUUAAAAUCAAUUCAAAAUCAAAUUCAUGACAACCAUUGGACUAGAGUUCUGUGAGGAUUACCAAAGGAGGGAGUCAGACUGUGCCUUGGCCAAAGGCCUGGUGGAACAGCUCUGUCUUGCAGGCCCUGCGGAAAGAUGUCGUCCCACAGGUCCCUAGUCUCUUGUGACAGAGAGUUCCACCAGAUCAGGGCCACUGCCGAAAAAGCCCUGGUUCUGGUUGAGGCCAGUCUAACCUCCCUGUGGCCCAGGACCUCCAAGAUGUUUUUAUUUGAAGAUCGUAAGGUCCUCCAUAGGACAUACCAAGAGAGGUGGUCCUGUAGGUGUGAGGGUCCUAGGCCGUAUAGGGCUUUAAAGGUUAAAACCAGCACCUUAAACCUGAUCCUGUACUCCACCGGGAGCCAGUGCAGCUGGUAUAGCACCGGGUGAAUGUGAUCCCACAGCGAGGACCCCGUAAGGAGUCUCGCUGCGGCAUUCUGCACCUGCUGGAGUUUCUGGGUCAGUCUCAAGGGCAGCCCCAUGUAGAGUGAGUUACAAUAAUCCAGUCUGGAGGUGACCGUCGUGUGGAUCACAGUGGCUAGGUCAGGCCGAGAGAGGUAAGGAGCCAACUGCUUAGCUUGGUGGAGAUGAAAAAAUGCCGCCUUUGUUAUAGCUGCAAUCUGCGCCUCCAUGGAAAGGGAGGUGUCGAAGAUUACACCCAAAUUCUUAAUGGACAGUGCUGGCACUAAUUGCACCUCCGCAAGAGAUGGGAGUUGCAAGGAUCUAAGCUUGAAUCUCUUAUCGGUGCCAUCAGUUUAGUCAUCUCUGCGUAUUCUUUGAUUUUUGUCAGCCAUUCUUCCUUGGAAGGUAUUCUUUCCUCCUCCAACUUACGAGCAUAAAAAUUUCUUGCCACUGUGAUUACAUUCCCUCCUGAGGCCAUCUCUUUCACUCUGCAACGCAGCAGUAGCCCUCUGAGAUCCACACAAUGUUUUCAUCCUAUUUCAUUCAUCCGUUUGCUCCCCUUUCAGGGCGGAGGAGCCGGAAAGCGAAAAGAAAACACCAGGCAAGAAAGGAAAGAAGGGCAGGGACAAGGCCAAGCGCCAGGAGCUGCCUUCUAAAGAGCUGCGGAUGCCCGACACAGAAUGCAAGAAAGAACGGCUCCUGCUUCCCAAGGGAGAUCCUGGACCGAAACCAGCGCCAGCCUCAAGCAGCCGGGUGGAGACUGCCACUCCACAGGACCCCUCUCCUGCCGUCCCCAGAGUCCAGAGGCCGAAGAAGAGAAGCAGGAAGGGGGUGGCGCGGGUGCGGGUGGGCCGCUUGGAGUUCAGCCGCCAGCGACUCCAGGCCUAUGGCCUCAACGCAAAGCGCCUGCACUUCCGCCAGCUUCUCCGCGAGAAACGGCGGAGGAAGCCUAAGGAAGGCACUCCAGACCAGGCCAAGAAAGCAGCUCAGGCCUGAGCUAUCCCGCGGCUCAACUUUGGAGCAAAAGUUUCCUUGGACAAGGGAUCUGUUUGAUGGCUGCAAGCGAUGGCCCAGAAGGUAGCACUUGGUGCCUCUGGGCUUCAGGGCAGCAUUUGUGCAGAAGAAUGAUUCAAAUACAUUGCCAGUUAUCACUCUUGGCAUUUUGUAUCGGCUCAAUUGCGUCGUUCUGUUCUUCCACCCCAGUGUUUCCCAAAUUUGGAUCUCCAGCUGUUUUGGACUACAGUUCCCAUCAUUCCUGAUCACUGGUCCUGCUAGCUAGGGAUGAUGGGAGUUGUAGUCCAAAAGCAGCUAGAGACCCAAGUUUGGGAAACCUUGUAGCCUUGUAAGUCUGGGCUUAUCACAGUGUCUGUUCUCUCGUCAGUCCUUACACAGCAUCCAGACCAUUUCUUUCCAAUACCUGAUUGGGGUUGGUGGAUUUUCCAUAAAAUGCAGUUGCAGAACGAGCUGGGUCCCAUAUGGAUUGGCAAAAUGCUCUCAAAACUUUCCAGAGCUCCUGUGGCAUUAAUGAAGCAUUACUCUUUUUUCCUCAUCCUCUUCUUCCUCAUCAGUAUGGGUAGGAGGUUGUUGGUGAGUAGCUCAUUAAUUUGUCUUUUAAUAUCUCUUGAAUUCCACUAUCUCUUUCUGCAGGGACGUGGGGGCCUUUAAUUCCUGGUUUCUUUUUCCAUUUUAUUUUUUGGAUAGCUGAAUAGCAGUAUUUUUAAAAGUGGGAGAAGGAAUCGUGAAUUAAAAGCCACAGAAACUGAUGCUGACAUUGGGGCAACGGAGAGGCUGUCACCAAUUGUCUACCUAGCUGCUCGUUGGGAAGCAAUAAAACCAGGCUGUGAACAUCACCCAGGCUUGCUUGAGAGUUAAAAUUACAGAAGGCUCAUGGUUGUGAGGGAAGGGCAUUGCUGGAUGAUCUGCUGAAAUAAGUACUAUGUGGAGCCUUCAUUUUAAUUCUGCUUUCACCUAAUUAUAGAAAAUAAAUUCCUGGGCAGUGCAAAAGUGAAGCAGAUAGUAUUAGAUAUCUAGUUGCAAGUUGCAAGCAAGCAGGUCCUGCAAGAUGUUAUCCUUUUGUAACUUGUUCCAAAAACCAUUCAAGACGAAACUAUUUGCGUACGCAACCACGGCUGCAUGGACUCUCUUAGUUCAGAAAUGGAAAAAUGGUGCAACUCCGACCAAAGAAGAGUGGCAAGACAAAAUUGCUGAACUAUGCCGAGAUGCCAAAGCUUACAGGAAAAAUUAGAAAUCAGGAAGAGGAGGUCUUUAAUAAAUAAUGGGGAAAGUUUAUAAUUCAUUUGAAAAGCUGUUGUAAACAAUUACAUACAUUGGUAGGAUUGACAGAAAACUUGUAGUAAAGAAUUGAACUAUGGAUUGACAAAGGAUUUAUAAGAAACAGCGUUAUGAUAGAGGUGCAGAGGGGGAAAUUGUUAUGUUAAGAUCCACAAUUUGGGGGGGAGGGUGAAUCAGAAGAGCUUAUAUGUUUAUGUGUUUAACUCAUUUGUUUAUGCAAAAUAGAAAAUGCAAAAAUAAAAUUUAUUUUAAAAAUCAAAAACCAUCC